UGCAAUUCUGUGGAUCGUUUGCGCCGCUGCGACAUUUUGUGCCGAUUUAAACACUCGAUCCAGCUCUGCGAAGGUGAAUUUGUGAGCCUGAAUCGUUGGUUUUUGUUGCAGCUCCGCUGUGCGAUUUUUUGUGGGGUCCCGAAGUACGCUGAUCAGUAGCGCUGUAGAAGGUGACGUUAUGGCUACAAUUGAUCGCAAAUACAUUGUGGUGGGAGGAGGUGUAGCCGGGGGCUACGCUGCACGAGAGUUUGUCAAAUUGGGCUUGCAACCUGGAGAAUUGACCAUUUUCUCCAAAGAAGCGGCGGCACCUUAUGAGCGACCCGCCUUGAGCAAAGCUUACAUGUUCCCUGAGGCUGCUGCUAGGCUUCCAGGCUUCCAUGUCUGUGUAGGAAGCGGUGGAGAGAGACAGUUACCGGACUGGUAUGCCGAAAAAGGUAUUGAACUGAAACUGGAGUCUGAGAUUGUGAAGGCCGACCUAGAGAACAAGACUCUGACGACAGAUAAGGGAGAUGUCUACAGUUAUGGAACUCUGGUUAUUGCCACAGGCUCUACGUUCCUUAACCUUGCUGACUUCAAAACUGCUGGAGCCGACGCUAAAGGUAUUUACUACCUGAGAGAGGUGCAUGAAGCUGAUAAGCUUGUUGACGCCAUUAAAGCCAACAAGGGAGGUGAAGCAGUGGUUGUCGGUGGAGGUUACAUUGGGCUGGAAUUAGCUGCAUGCCUGACAAUCAAUAAGAUUAAAGUCACAAUGGUGUUCCCAGACCCAUGCUUCAUGCCUCGUUUGUUUACACCCGAGCUUGCCUCCUUCUAUGAGGGUUAUUACGAGAAUAAGGGUGUGAACAUCAUCAAGGGAACGUCUGUGACUGCUUUUGAGAAAGAUGAUAAUGGCCAUGUAUCGAAAGUAAUUCUGAAAGAUGGAAGAACGUUGGACAGCACUCUCGUGGUUGUGGGAGUUGGUGCAAAACCACUUUUGGGUCCUUUUAAGGGUUUGUUGGAGGAGGAGAAGGGUGGUAUUAAGGUUGAUGCCUCAUUCAAGACAAGUGACCCCAACGUGUACGCUGUAGGUGAUAUUGCGACGUUCCCAAUGAAGAUGUACGGCGACACUCGGCGAGUGGAGCAUGUGGAUCAUGCAAGGAAGUCGGCCAUGCAGGCUGUGCAGGCUAUCAAAGCUGCAGAGAAGGGCGAAGUCGUGGACGAGUACGAUUACCUGCCUUUCUUCUACUCUCGCUCCUUCGAUCUGUCGUGGCAGUUUUAUGGCGACAAUGUGGGUGAAACUGUGCAUUGGGGCCGAGAGGCUGGAACACCUGACUCAAAGUUUGGUGCUUACUGGGUUAAGGACAACAGGGUAAUGGGCGCCUUUUUGGAGGGUGGUUCACCUGAUGAAAACAAGUUAAUUGCCAAAGUUGCCCGAGAACAACCGUCUGUGAAUUCUACACAGGAUUUAGUAUCUGCUGGAUUAGGCUUCGCAUCCAAGGUAUAACCGGUUUGUAGUUCUCUCUAAAUCCAAUUAGUCACCGGCGGUGGUUGAAGAUACGUGCAGGGCGAUCAUAGCCAAACCACUGAUUUGUUUUGGUGGUGCGUUUCUCGUCUCAUACUGUAUUAGCCUGAAGCUAUUUGAGGUUUGUAUUUCAACACAUGCUCUCAUCUACAUUUUAGCUAAGCAAGUUUGGAUUACCUUGUGAUUCGAGUAGUUGUGCAACUGAAUACUUAAUUGCAUUUAUGGCAUUUAAUGGCAACUUCAAAACCAAUUUAUUUUAGGCUAGACUGUAUCUUUUUUAAUCAAAGAUGUAUGUUAUCAUUGAUGAA